UGAAGUGCAGAACAUGAUGCAAGUGUAAAGUGAUGCCUACUGGGGCAACCCCCCAACUUCACAUAUACACUGAUGGGGUCUGAGCUGUCGGUGACUGACCAGGAGAGGGAUCUUGGGGUCAUGGUGGACAGCUCGUUGAAAGUGUCGACUCAAUGUGCAGCAGCUGUGAAAAACACUAAUUCCAUGCUAGGGACCAUUAGGGAGGGAGUUGAAAAUAAAAAUGCUAAUAUCAUAAUGCCCUAAUACAAAUCUAUGGUGUGGUCACAUUUGGAAUACUGCAUGCAGUCCUGGUCGUCUUGCAAUGUUCUCCAGGACAUUGCAGAAUUGGAGAAGGUGCAGAAGAGGGCAACCAAGAUGAUCAGGUGUCGUUUCCUUAUGAGGCAAGGCUACAGCAUCUGGAGCUUUUUAGUUUGGAAAACAGGUGACUAUGGGGUGACGUGGUAGAGAUGCAUAAAAUAAUGCCUGGAGUAGAGAGAGUGGACAGAAAGAAAUUGUCAGGGCAUUCUGUGAUUAGAGUAAUCAUGAACAGAAGGAUGUUGAAGUCUCCAAAAGGUCAUAUAAUUCCAUGAGCCUUCAUAUAUGUGGAACUGUAAGUGUUAUAUUCUACAUAAUAUGUCGAAUAUGUAAGCUUACCAAUAGUUCAUUAUCAAUGUUUGCUGGCUCUGUUCCUUCACAGGGGGCUGCAUCUUAAUAAUUCUUCUUUGCAGUGACAAGAGAGCUUUUGAAUAGUCGCAUUUGACUGCUUUCCACAAAAGGAUGUAAAACUGCAAUCUGUUGAGCCCAGCCAUUAUUCUGUGUUGGGGAUCCCUUGGUCUUUAAUGCAUUCUUCCUCGAUUCCCUGGCAAAAGCUCUCAAUGUCUUUGGUGCUGCCAUCUCCAGAUGAGGAUGAACAUGAAGUUCAGUACUUUUGAUGAGCAUGGGAAGUAGGAAUAUCACUAUUUUUACAGAGUUCAUCCUCCUUGGGUUUUCUGGACACCCUCGACUGGAGAUCUUCCUCUUUGUGGUGUUGUCUAUGGUCUACUUCAUGACACUCUUUGGAAACAUCUCCAUAUUGGCAUUGACUUGUUUGGAUUCUCACCUCCACACCCCCAUGUACUUUUUCCUCAGCAACCUGGCCUUCUUGAACAUCUGCUACACAUCUGCCGUGGUCCCCAAGAUGCUCAUCAACUUCUUGGCUCCAAAGAAGACCAUCUCAUAUCACCUAUGUGUUGUACAAGUGUACAUCACACUUUUCUUGGCGGCAGCCGAGUGUCUUCUUCUCAUGGUGAUGGCCUUCGACAGGUAUGUUGCCAUAUGCAACCCCCUGCAUUAUUCCACGGUGAUGAACAAGAAUGUAUGCCUUGUGCUUGCUGUCAUGGCAUGGUUUAGCAGCUUCAUGCUUUCGGUGGUCCCAUCCUUUACAAUGAAGCACUCUCUGUGCAGCUUUGUCAUUGACCACUUGUUCUGCGAGGCUCCGGUCCUGCUCCUAUUGGCCUGUCCCAACGAUGACAUCUCAGUCAACGAGGUCAUGAUGGUUGCAGGGAGCACGUUCACCCUCCUCCUGCCGUCUGUCCUGAUCCUGCUGUCCUACGUCCGCAUCAUGGUAGCCGUUUUGAGAAUGCCCUCCAUGGACAGGAAACGGAAAGCCUUCUCCACUUGCUCCGCUCACAUCACGGUGGUGACCGUCUAUUACGGGAGUGGCUUGUUCAUGUAUAUGAGGCCCAAAUCCAGCUAUUCGGCUGAGAAGGAUAAGCUGAUCUCUCUCUUCUACUCUGUGAUCAAUCCCAUGUUGAACCCCAUUAUAUACAGUCUGAGGAACAAGGAUGUGAAGGAGGCCUUCAUGAGAGUCUUGGGGAGAACCAAAGAAUCUUAAGAAUAAACAGAGAACUCAAAUCUACCAGGACAACUGUUGGUUUUUCAAACGUCCUAAUUUGUUUGCUAUAUGAUCUUAACAAUAAAGUUCCUAACUCGCAGGAAUAUAUUUUUCCCCUUCCAAAAUGUCAGACUGCAGCUUUAUUGAGCUUGUUUACAAAGAGAUGGCAAAUGCCCUUGGUGAAGAUUUGUAUGAAAUGCAUCGGGAACACCAGUCCUAACAGCUGUCCUGACUAUGCAUUUGCUCUGCCUUUAUAGCUGUCUUUAAUCAUUAUCUUCAUUUGUCGUCAAAGAGGAGCUACGGAGAAGAAUGCAGCUAGGGAGACCAGGGCGGUUUCCUGAUUACGUCCUACAACAGUGUCACUACGUGUCCGUUAAGUGUAUUUCCAUCCUGCCUGUGUUUCAACACUGAAGUUCCUGCACUGUCAGCAAGGUGCAAUUUACAUUUCCAAUGCCUUCUUUCGGGUUUUAUCUUUGCGUUAGGGAUGUGCACGGAACCAGGCAGGGGUGGUUCGAUGGCGGGUGUGUGUGUGUGUGUGUGCUGCUUUAAGAGUGGGGGAUGGUGCACUAUUCCCUUUUUUCCAAAGUUAAUUGGGGUGGCAGUGUACCUCCCUUCCAUCCUGUUGACCGGAUACCACUGGAAGUAUCCGACGCGCCUGCGCACGCUGGCACGGAAGUAGUGCUGGCCGGGGAAGAGCAGAGGGAUGGGUAAGUGCACCCUCCCCCACUCUUAAAGCAGCAACCCCCCCACCAUCGAACCGGCCUCCUUUUGAACCGGUUCGGAGGCCUAUAAAGGGCCUCUGAACCGGUUCCGUGCACAUCCCUACUUUGCAUUAGAGUACUACAAUGUUGUAUAAACAAAACAAAACAAAACAAGCUGUAUUUUCCUGCUGUAGGAGGUACACAUAAGCUAGAAAAGACUGUUUCCCCUGCUGGUGGCUUUGCACAAUACCCCUUAAUUUAUGGUUUCACGAAUAUCCUGCCAAGCUGAAGUAAACUACUGCUGAACAGCAUGUUAUCUGGAAAGCGCCCAGGGCUUGGAGUGAGAGGGAAAAUGCAGCAGGAUGGCGAAUCUGGAUUCAGUGACAUCCACCUGAAAAGAAGUGUCCUGGUAUCCCCCUCCAUUUCAAACACUGGUCAAGAGCUACACUGAAAGCUCUGCUUUCCUUGCUUUCAGAAGACGGCAGAUUUGGAGAUGGGGGAAACUGAUGGCACAAUCAAUCAAUUGGUCUUUAGGGUGUGUCAAGUCCGGGCCUACUCAAUUUAGGCCCCCCAGAUGUUUUUGAACUACAAUUCCCAUAAUUCCCAGCCAUGUGGCUAUAGCCAGGGAUUAUGGGAAUUGUAGGCCAAUUUCUGCAGGAGGGCCCAAGUUGAGCAGCCCUGGUCAAGACCCUGUUGGGUUUGCGGCGAUAAGGCUAACACAGCUAUCCCUCCAACAGUGGCUCAGUUACGGUGCAGGCUGGUAAUACUGAACACAGAAUUCAACCUCCUGAGAAUUUUGCAUUAAUAAAGUUACUCUUUUCUAGCCCUCCAUGAUUGUGAAUUUAUUCCUGAAAGUGUGGGCGUAAUGCCUACCAGACUCUUAGAAGCCAAAUUGGUGGGGGAGUAAGAUUUCUUACUGUUAGGGGCGUGUUCAGUACCCUGCCUAGCUUCUAGCCUCACCCCAUGACUAGCAAAACCAGAAUAAAUUAUGCCCCCAAAUGGGGAAAAGGUGAAUUUUCAUAAUGUAAACUUAUUAUGUAAUCUAGUUGCUCUGUGUGCAGAAUUUUAUGUAUUCCUUUGCAUGGAAUAAAAGUACAACUUUGC